UUUGUUUUAGCCAACCAACAGUAACCAGCUCUACAGCAGUCGAUACAGUUCGUUAUGACAGGUUGUAAGGUGAUAGUAACUAUCUCUAUAUAGUGAUUGAAGAAUGAAAAUGAUGACCGUUUUGCACUUCUACGAGUGAUUUCACGUCUUGGUUGGUAACGGUUCACCGCGGGUAACUGCUACAACUGUAACCGUCUUAAACUGGUUUUGACUACAGUUGCCUAGGUCGUUAGUGGCUGUCACAAAUAUUUUUGUAUAACUAAACCUGUAUAUAACUAGAACUGUUCGAUUCGACCAUGGUGGAGGUUUUUGUUGGGAAAACUCUGCUCAAUAAAGAAGGGGAUCUUAUUGAUCCAGAGGAAACUCUCAGGAAUAAAGUAGUAGGAAUAUAUUUUUCUGCCGGCUGGUGCCCGCCUUGUCGAGAUUUCACCCCUAUUCUAUGCGAUUUUUACACGGAACUUGUCGAGGAGAGCAAGCCACCUGCACAGUUCGAAAUAGUUUUCAUAUCUUCUGACAAGUCAAGUGAUGAUAUGGUGGAAUAUUAUCAUGACAUGCACGGAGACUGGCUGGCCCUGCCAUGGACGGAUCAAUACAAACAUGAUCUCAAGAACAGGUUCAAAAUCACAGCAGUCCCCAAGCUGGUGAUUGUGAAGGAGAAUGGAGACGUGAUCACAGACAAAGGCAGGAAACAGAUCCGGGACCAGGGCCUGGCCUGCUUCAGGAGCUGGCUUGAGGUGGCCGAAGUCUUCCAGAACUUUAAAGCUUCCUAGACAUUCUAAAAUACAUCAUUCUACAUUCUAGAGCACCUUCCUGCUCCUAACCCAUAGACUGUUCUUAUCUAGCUGUCUAUUCUAAACAUCUGCACUACAACGCAAUACUGUCUAUAUUCUAAACUUCUGCACUACAAUGCAAUACUGUCUAUAUUCUAAACUUCUACACUACAAUGCAAUACUGUCUAUAUUCUAAACUUCUACACUACAAUGUAAUACUGUCUAUAUUCUAAACUUCUGCACUACAAUGUAAUACUGUCUAUAUUCUAAACUUCUGCACUACUGUUAAGUUUUUCUUCCGAUGAAGGAGAGGCGGACCAAAAUGCAGCGUGGUUAUUUCGAUUAAUCUUUAAUAAAGACGAACCAUACAAAACCGUGAAAACCUAAACAGCCUUAUCUGGUGCAAACAAACACUGAGACAGGAACAAUCACCCACAAAACACUCAAAGAAUAUGGCUGCCUAAAUAUGGUUCCCAAUCAGAGACAACGAUAAACACCUGCCUCUGAUUGAGAACCACUUCAGGCAACCAUAGACUUUUCUAGACAACCCCACUAUACCACAAUCCCGAUACCUACAAAACCCCAAGACAAAACACACCACAUAAUUAACCCAUGUCACACCCUGGCCUGACCAAAAUAAUAAAGAAAACACAAAAUACUAAGACCAGGGCGUGACAACUACAAUGUAAUACUGUCUAUAUUCUAAACUUCUACACUACAAUGUAAUACUGUCUAUAUUCUAAACUGCUACACUACAAUGUAAUACUGUCUAUAUUCUAAACUUCUACACUACAAUGUAAUAAUAUCUAUAUUCUAAACUUCUACACUACAAUGUAAUACUGUCUAUAUUCUAAACUUCUACACUACAAUGUAAUAAUAUCUAUAUUCUAAACUUCUACACUACAAUGUAAUAAUAUCUAUAUUCUAAACUUCUACACUACAAUGUAAUAAUAUCUAUAUUCUAAACUUCUGCACUACAAUGUAAUACUGUCUAUAUUCUAAACUUCUACACUACAAUGUAAUAAUAUCUAUAUUCUAAACUUCUACACUACAAUGACAAUAUGUCUUUUUUUCGAAUGAAUAGACAUGAGUGGCUUGUAUUUUCAGAAUACAUAUUUUGAGGCGUUUGGCAAUUUUUUAUAUUUUGUUUUAUAUGACUUAAAAUGCACAAUAAUGAUUAAAUCCUUUGCUGUCUGUUUACA